UCUUCGAUACAGAUUUCUCCUCUUUAUCCUCGUCUUUUCCGGUAAACGAACGGAAUCGAGUUUUCUCGCAAUUUCUUGCUGUCUGAAUUGGAUUUGGCCGUCGAUCAAAUCAAAAUUUCUGUUCAAUUUCAAAUUAAUUCUGGCGGAAGAAGAACGCAUUUCGUAGAACUGAGCCUGUGAUGAGUUACAGAAGGUUCAUAUCCAAAAUCUUCGUCGAUGCACAGGAGCACCGUUCUUCUAGAUCUGCUCUCUUUGAUGACCUUGAGGAGGGUGGUCUCAGGACUAGCUCUUCCGUUGAAAUUAAAGAGCAUGACAAUGACAAAGCCCUCCAUACUUUGGAAGAUAGAAUUUCUAUUCUCAAGAGGUUGACAGGUGACAUUCACGAAGAAGUGGAGAGUCAUAAUCAUUUACUUGACCGAAUGGGAAAUGGCAUGGACGCUUCAAGGGGUAUAAUGUCAAGAACCAUGGAUCGAUUCAAGAUGGUUUUCGAGCAAAAAUCAAAGUGGAGAACUUGUAGACUUGCAUUGUAUUUUGUAUUGUCCUUCCUACUACUCUUCUAUCUCAUCAGGUUCCUCAGAUACUUCAUGCAAAAUUAAAGGUUUCUAUGUUGACUCAACUCGAAGCAUCAAAUUAGAUACGUCGCAGGAUUGUUCCGACCUAGCAUAGGCCUUGUUUCUACAAGAGAACAUUGAAAUAUAUACCAUACUUUCCUGCAAUACAAGAUUUGCCAAAUUACACUGCUUUCAAUGGGGGAGAGAAACAGGUGGUUUUUUUUUAAAAAAAAAAAAAUCACUAUUCUUAUUUUUUAUUGGUUAAAAGCAUAUCCGUCAGUUUAGAAUA